AUUCCCUCGGUGUCCGGUCAGGUGACGCGUUGUUCUGACUCGCCGUCGCAUUCUUCGUGGAGUCGACACAAACCACACACAGGCAUUUAACACCGAACGGAUAUUUACUACAUAAAGCCCGACGCCGUUUAAUACAAGCGGAGAGAAGAGGACACAGAAUGGGGUGUCGAGAGGUUUUUAUACUCGUGAUGUUCGCGGCAUCGACACUCGGUGAGGUGCCGUCAGAUGCAGGUAUAGGACUGCUGGCCGAGCCGCAGGUGGCCAUGUUCUGUGGCAAACUCAACAUGCACAUCAACGUUCAGACCGGGAAAUGGGAACCCGAUCCGUCUGGAACCAAGAGCUGCAUCGGGACUAAAGAGGGAAUUCUACAGUACUGCCAAGAGGUGUAUCCGGAGCUGCAGAUCACCAAUGUCGUGGAGGCCAAUCAGCCCGUCAGUAUCUGGGACUGGUGCAAGAAAGGGCGCAAGCAGUGCCGCAGCCACAUGCACAUCGUGGUGCCCUACCGCUGCCUGGUCGGGGAGUUUGUGAGCGACGCACUGCUGGUCCCUGAUAAGUGUAAAUUCCUGCAUCAAGAGCGAAUGGACAUGUGCGAGAGUCACCUGCACUGGCACACCGUCGCCAAAGAGUCUUGUGGCGAUCGCAGUAUGAAUCUCCAUGACUAUGGGAUGCUGUUGCCAUGUGGUAUCGACCGUUUCCGCGGCGUUGAGUUUGUGUGCUGCCCCGCUGAAACGGAGAAAGAGUCGGACAGCGCGGCGGCGGAGGAAGAUGAUUCAGAUGUGUGGUGGGGGGGAGCAGAAGCUGACUACACAGAGAACAGUAUGGCUCCAGACACAGAAACCACAGCUGCUGCAGUUCAGGAUGAUGAAGACGCUGAUGAGGAAGAGGAGGAGCCGCUGGACGAUGAUCAGGACGAGGAUGAGAAAGAGGACGAAGACGACGAGGUCAUCGACGAGCGCAGUGACAACGGGCAGAGCACCAGUGUUGCCAUGACAACCACCACCACCACCACCACCGAGUCUGUGGAGGAAGUCGUCAGAGAGGUGUGUUUUGCGAGCGCUGAGACGGGCCCAUGCCGGGCGAUGUUGCCCCGCUGGUAUUUUGUGCGCGAGGAGGGCCAUUGCGCGCCCUUCAUCUACGGAGGCUGUGGAGGAAACCGUAAUAACUUUGAGUCAGAGGAGUACUGUCUGUCCGUCUGCAGCAGUGUGUUGCCCACUCCCUCCUCCAGCCCGCCGGACGCUGUGGACCGUUACCUGGAGGCCCCCGCGGAUGAGAACGAACACACUCAUUUCUUAAAGGCCAAAGAGAGUCUGGAGGCCAAACACCGUGAGCGCAUGUCACAGGUGAUGAGAGAAUGGGAAGAGGCAGAGAGACAGACCAAGAGUCUGCCACGCAACGACAAGAAAGCCGUCAUCCAGCACUUCCAGGAGAAGGCGGAGGUGCUGGAGCAGGAGGCCGCUAGUGAGCGACAGCAGCUGGUGGAGACGCACAUGGCACGAGUGGAGGCGCUUCUGAACGACCGACGCCGACUCGCCCUGGAGAGUUACCUCGCCGCACUGCAGGACGAUCCGCCCAGACCGCGCCACGUGUUCAGUCUGUUGAAGAAGUAUGUGCGGGCGGAGCAGAAAGACCGACAGCACACGCUCAAACACUUUGAACACGUGCGAAUGGUCGACCCCAAGAAAGCUGCUCAGAUUCGGCCUCAGGUGUUGACCCAUCUGCGCGUGAUAGAGGAGCGGAUGAAUCAAUCUCUCGGGCUGCUGUACAAGGUGCCAGGUGUCGCGGAAGACAUUCAGGACCAAGUCGAUCUGUUGCAGCGCGAGCAGCAGGAAAUGUCUGCUCAGUUGGCGAAUCUUCAGAGUGAUGUGCGUGUGAGUUACGGUAAUGAUGCCCUGAUGCCCGACAGCACUGCCAGUCUUGACCUGUUACCCUCUGAAGACAUGCAAGGGUUCGGCUUCAUCCACCCCGAGAGCUUCAACCAGCCCAACACACAGAACGAAGUUGAGCCUGUUGACGCUCGACCCGUUCCUGACCGAGGACUCCCGACACGACCCGUAUCUGGACUGAAGCCUGAAGAUGUUCCUGAGCUGCGGAUGGAGGCUGAAGAGAGACACAGUGAAGUUUACCAUCAGAAACUGGUUUUCUUCGCGGAGGACGUCAGCUCCAAUAAAGGAGCUAUUAUUGGCCUGAUGGUUGGUGGCGUUGUCAUAGCAACCAUCAUCAUCAUCACCCUGGUGAUGCUGAGGAAGAAGCAGUACACGUCCAUCCAUCAUGGGAUCAUUGAGGUGGAUGCUGCGGUGACUCCAGAAGAUCGUCAUCUGUCAAAGAUGCAACAGAACGGUUAUGAAAAUCCCACCUACAAGUUCUUUGAGCAGAUGCAGAACUGAUGGUGUCAGCCUAAACUCGCCCUCCACCCCUCCUGAUCACGUGACAGAGCAGACGACACCAUCUGUAGCUCACAGCCAUAAAUAUCACACCUGUUAUUGGUCAACGUCAAACAGAAACCGAAAGUCUUAUUGAGAUGAGUGCUGUCAGAGGCAGUGUCACUUCAGACGAUACGAUGACAUUCACUUUCAAUUCAAAUUGAAUGCAGUUCAACAUCAAUGCACGAUUCAAAUUUGGUCUAGAUUCAAAUUCGGUCCAGAUUCAAUGCACAAUUCAGAUUCGGUCCAGAUUCAAUGCACGAUUCAAAUUCGGUCCAGAUUCAAAUUCGGUCCAGAUUCAAUGCACGAUUCGAAUUCGGUCCAGAUUCAAAUUCGGUCCAGAUUCAAAUUCGGUCCAGAUUCAAAUUCGGUCCAGAUUCAAUGCACGAUUCAAAUUCGGUCCAGAUUCAAAUUCGGUCCAGAUUCAAUGCACGAUUCAAAUUCGGUCCAGAUUCAAAUUCGGUCCAGAUUCAAUGCACGAUUCAAAUUCGGUCCAGAUUCAAUGCACGAGUCAAAUUCGGUCCAGAUUCAAUGCACGAGUCAAAUUCGGUCCAGAUUCAAUGCACGAUUCAAAUUCGGUCCAGAUUCAAUGCACGAGUCAAAUUCGGUCCAGAUUCAAAUUCGGUCCAGAUUCAAAUUCGGUCCAGAUUCAAUGCACGAGUCAAAUUCGGUCCAGAUUCAAUGCACGAGUCAAAUUCGGUCCAGAUUCAAUGCAUGAGUCAAAUUCGGUCCAGAUUCAAAUUCGGUCCAGAUUCAAUGCACGAUUCAAAUUCGGUCCAGAUUCAAUGCACGAUUCAAAUUCGGUCCAGAUUCAAAUUCGGUCCAGAUUCAAUGCACGAUUCAAAUUCGGUCCAGAUUCAAAUUCGGUCCAGAUUCAAAUUCGGUCCAGAUUCAAAUUCGGUCCAGAUUCAAUGCACGAUUCAAAUUCGGUCCAGAUUCAAAUUCGGUCCAGAUUCAAUGCACGAUUCAAAUUCGGUCCAGAUUCAAAUUCGGUCCAGAUUCAAUGCACGAUUCAAAUUCGGUCCAGAUUCAAAUUCGGUCCAGAUUCAAUGCACGAUUCAAAUUCGGUCCAGAUUCAAUGCACGAGUCAAAUUCGGUCCAGAUUCAAAUUCGGUCCAGAUUCAAUGCACGAUUCAAAUUCGGUCCAGAUUCAAAUUCGGUCCAGAUUCAAAUUCGGUCCAGAUUCAAAUUCGGUCCAGAUUCAAUGCACGAUUCAAAUUCGGUCCAGAUUCAAAUUCGGUCCAGAUUCAAUGCACGAUUCAAAUUCGGUCCAGAUUCAAAUUCGGUCCAGAUUCAAUGCACGAUUCAAAUUCGGUCCAGAUUCAAUGCACGAGUCAAAUUCGGUCCAGAUUCAAUGCACGAGUCAAAUUCGGUCCAGAUUCAAUGCACAAUUCAGAUUCAGUCCAGAUUCAAUGCACGAUUCAAAUUCGGUCCAGAUUCAGAUUCGGUCCAGAUUCAAUGCAUAAUUCAUGUUCCAUUUAUAAUUGAAUUCAUAUUCACUCCAGAUUGAAAACAGUGAAAUCAGGUGGAUGUCUAGAGCUUGUGGCUGCAGUAACAGAACUGGAUCAUGUUUAAGACUGUUGAGUUACUGGUGUGUCUGCUGCGCUGUCCCGUCUCACACUACUAAACCAUUGAACACUGGGAUAUCUGACUUGUGAACGUCAGUGACUUCAUCCUGUCAGACCCCCCCUCCUCUUCAUCACACUGACUGCAGCUGUGCUGUGAUUGGUGACACAGGUCAUAGAUAAUAACAUGGAUCACAAAUAAUCAUGGUAAUUAUAGUGGUGAAAUUGAUGUCUUUACGAAUGAGAUCUUGAAAAUUAUUUGUUUCUGGUUCGUUUUUCAAAAAAUAAGAAAAUAAAAUAGAUGUAAAAAUGAAGAGAUUUGCCAUUUUUAGUUAUGUCAAUAUUGAGGUAAUGCAAAAAAUGAAUAAGAAUAGUUGUAACUCUGUAGUGCAUGAUAGAAAAAAAUGAUGAAAAACAUUAUUGCACAAAAAAUCAAUGAAAUUGGCGUUGCGCUUUGAUAUGAUUUAACGCAGUUGUCCUCAAGUGGAUUUGAUUCAGUUCAUUUCUGAAGCAGCAGUUGAGAUACACUGAUUAAACACUCUUGCUUUUAUUUCAAUAUCCUGUUUUAUUUUUAUGAAGCGAUGCUCCAGCUGGACGGCUGGCUAACAUUAUCGGUGUACAUUAUUAUCUUUAAGUUGAAAUGUUCUCAUCCUGUGCAUUUCAGAGAUUUAUUUACUACUUUAUAAACGGCUAUUUAAUUUCCAUUUUUCAUCGGGACUCGUGGUUGGAUGUGUUUUUUAAGCGGGGCGGGCGGGACGGGACAUUCUCUGUAUGUUUCUCUCCAGUCAGUUUUGUGUUGUUGGGUUGCUCCGUGUCAGCAGAUGUAGAAAUGACUUUUUCCUCUUCGUCUGUCUCAUAUUACACUUGUGAAAUCUCAUCGCUCUGAUUCUCUGAUAUUAAAACCGCUGGUUCGAUUCAGAGAUAAAAGUGUGAAUCAGGAAUGUCCAGGUCAAAUUGCAUGCCCAAAUCAAAAGACACAGAUAAGAAAUAUGUUUUUUCUUUUCUUUUUUU